AAUAAAUGUUUAAAAAAGAGAAAAGAUUGCUUUGUGUGGCAUAGGGCGAAUGUGUUUGAGAACUGAUAACCUGUGAAAACAGGAAACACUACUGUAGAUCCUGAAAUUAACGCAUCCCAAAAUUAAUGGCACUGACUGUGGGCAGACUAAAAUGCGACAUGAAAUUAAUGCGAGUGGCCUCCAUAUGAAAUAUUACUAAUAACAUCUGUCUGUGUACUUCAAUGAUAUCAACUCACUAACAUGUCAUUGUACACAUCAUUUAACUUGUUCCUCACAUGCCGUUGUGUAACAGCCUGAGCGUAAUAAAGUUCUGUUCUCUUUUGUCCCUAGUGUCCCUAGUGAGAUCAACUCAAAGCACAUUUUUACAGCAAUCAUUUACCUAACGUGUAUAGUUACCUAAAUCUGGCUAAACAUUAGCGUAUAUGUAUCAUUACCAUUACAACUGUAUCUUCCUAAGAUAUGCCAACAAAGUUGCAGCGAACUUGGAACAGUAAAAACAAAGAAAUGGUCGACCCCAGGAUUAGUGUGCUAAAAUCCAUUCAAGCACGAUGAGUCAUGUUACCUUUUACUUGACUAUUGGACAAUUAGUCUGUCUUGCCUACCAUGAAUUGUGCUCCAAUGAGCGGAAGUAGUGAGUUAUCUGCCCCCGAUAGGUGGCGCAGUCUGUACCGGUCCAGCGAUUUCUUUGUUUACAACAAAAGCCAUUGCAAACUUUUGAAUUUAUAACAAUGCCGCGUACUUGUUGCUCUGUGCCAAGAUGUCACUUAAGGGGAGGUCACGAAUUCCCAUCAAAUCUAGAACUUCGAGAUACUUGGGUAAAGGCGAUCAAGCGGAUCGACGAAACUACAUCAAAACAAUGGAUUCCGUCGAGUACAGCUGUUGUGUGCAAAGCACAUUUCACAGUGAGCGAUUACGUUCAGCAGACAAUACAUGGACAAAAACCACUUAAGAUGAAGCUGCUUUCAACAGCAAUCCCAAGCCAAUUUGAAUGGACAAGACCUGACACAGCUAGUCAGAUUGAUUGACAACUGAGAUCAAAAGAGAGGGAGUCGCAAAAACGAAAAAAGGACUUCGAGGCCAAAUAUGAGAUGGAAAAAGAAUUUGAGUAUAUCGAAUAUGGCGAAGAGAUUGUUACUUCAGACAAACAUCCUCGACUGGAUAUUGAUGCCACAUGUAUACCAGCUGAUGAUAUUAUAACAACAGACUGCUCAACACAAACUUGUACUGAGAAACAAAAGUUUGAUAUUACAGACUUUAUUACAGAUGACAAGGCCAUCCAUUUUUAUACUGGACUAGAAUGUUAUGUAAAGUUUAUUUUUGUUUUGAAGUCUCUUGGACCAGCAGCAUUUUGUCUAAAAUAUAUAUACCACAAUGUACUUAACAUUUCUGUUCCUAACCAAUUCUUCAUGAUGCUCAUGAAAUUGAGAAGGCAUCAAACUUACUUUGAAAUGUCAUUAAUGUUUGGAAUUUCAGAGGCAGGUGUGAAAAAUAUAGUUUUCACGUGGAUUUCAUUUGUGUCGAAGCAGUGGCGCGAAAUCAAUAUUUGGCCGCCACAAAAUCUAGUUAAACAUUUCUCCCCAUCAGAUUUCAAAUCCAAGUUUCCCACAACAAGGCUUGUUAUAGAUGGUACUGAAUGCCCCGUCAAGAAACCCAAGCCUCCAAGAGCUCAACAAUCCACAUUUUCUACAUAUAAGAAUCGGAACACAGUGAAAACCCUUAUUGGUGCUUCACCUGGCGGACUCAUUUCCUAUAUAUCACCCACUUAUGGUGGUUCCACCAGUGACAGACAGAUAGUAGAACGAAGUAAUUUAUUGUCCUGUGUUGAUCCUGGCGACUCAAUAAUGGCUGACAAAGGAUUUAAUGUUCAAGAUUUAUUUGCACCUAUUAAUGUUGCUAUAAAUAUUCCAACAUUUUUCAGAAAAAAAAAUAGAAUGAGUGGAAACAUAGUAAUGAAGGACAGAAAGAUUUCAAGUAAACGAGUACACAUUGAGCGAAUUAUUGGAUUGGGAAAAACAUACAAAAUUCUGUGUAAUCCUUUGACCAGCACAGAGACAAAAUUAUCAUCUGAUAUUGUUUUCAUCUGUUACAUGUUGUGUAAUUUUAGAACAUGCAUUGUGUCAUGUAAUGCAUAAAUGUUCUUGCUGCAUUGCAUACUGUAUAUUGUAUACAUGUAUUCUCUCCCAUAAAUAUUAUCAGACUUCAAACUCUCUCAUCAAUUUGUUAUGUUGCAAUAUUAUUCUGCCACAAAAAUAAAAUAGAUGAAAACUCAACAUGUCUAUACACACACACACACACACAUAAAUACUUGUAAUAGUACAUCUACUACAUGUAAACAUACACUGUACAGUUUAAAUCACAAUGUCAAAAAUAACAGAAUCUUUGAAUUAUACAUUCAAACAAUUACAAUUAUCUUAGAUGUGAGAAAAUUAUGAAUACAUGUACGAUUUGGGUCGGACCCUUUUCUAGGUUUGGACUUCCUAGAAACACUACUGUUAGGCAUUGAAGAAUCUGCUGCCUAUUCAGUGUAUGAUUUGUA